GCGUCCCAAGAUGGCGGCGGUGGCGGUGAGGGGGGGCUGGGGCGCGGGCGCUUCGCAGCUGGGCGCCGAUGGAGCGCCGCGGGCCGCCAGGCAGCGGCCCCGCUUCGUGGAGGGCUCCAUCGUCAGGAUCUUCAUGGAGAACUUCCUAACUUAUGACAUCUGUGAAGUACGUCCAGGACCCAACUUGAACGUGAUUGUAGGUGCUAAUGGGACGGGAAAGUCAAGCAUUGUUUGUGCCAUCUGUCUGGGACUAGCUGGAAAACCUUCUUUCAUAGGACGAGCUGACAAGGUUGGUCUCUUUGUAAAGCAGGGGUGCCUGAAAGGUGUGGUAGAAAUUGAACUGUCUAAGACACCUGACAAUAUCAUUAUCACACGUGAAAUUCAAGUGGUAAACAACACGUCAACAUGGUUUAUCAACAAAAAACCAGCAACUCUGAAAACAGUAGAAGAACAGAUCGCAGCCUUAAACAUCCAGGUGGACAACUUGUGCCAGUUUCUUCCUCAGGACAGAGUUGGAGAAUUUGCAAGACUGAGUAAGGUUGAAUUGCUUGAAGCCACCGAAAAAUCCAUUGGUCCUCCAGAAAUGUACAAAUUCCACUGUGAACUGAAAAACUUCAGAGAAAAAGAAAGAGAACUAGAGAAUUUGUGCAAAGAGAAAGCUAACUCAUUGGAGAAAAUGAAACAGAGGGUUGAACGAUACAAACAAGAUGUCAAGAGAUACCAUGAACGCAAGCGCCAUCUAGAUGUAAUUGAGAUGCUUGAAAGAAAAAGACCUUGGGUGGAAUAUGAAACUGUUCGUCAGCAGCACGAGGAAGUGAAACAAAUCCGAGACCAGGCCAGGGAAGAACUGAAGAAUCUGAAGGAAAUGCAGUCUCCACUGACGAAAAAAAUGCAAGAAAUUGAAGAAUCUUAUAAGAGUCUGGAUAGGAAAAUAAGAUGUAUGGCUGGUGAAAUCAAGGAGGCCUCUCAAAAAUGUAAACAAAAGCAAGAUGAUUUGGAGAUGAAAGAUAAGCAAAUUGAAGAAAUUAAUCAAGCUUUCAGAAUGAAAAAAGAUGAAGAAAUGGAUAGACGAAAGAAAAUAAUAAGUGCUCAUAAGAUGAUAGAGGAAUGGAACGAUGAACUCAGUACAGUGAACGACUGUGAGAAUCUUCAGCCACAAAUUGAUGCUGUUAAUAAGGAACUGAAACAUUUACAAGGAGAAAGGGCAAACAUUGAGAGCGAUAUUAGUGAUGUAAAAACAGAGAAAAAUAACCAGGAACGGGAAAAGAGAAGAAUAAUUGAUCGCAUUGGACAACUUAAUAAUAUAAUGAGUAUGAAAGAAGAGACUCUUAAAGGGAAAUUUCAAGAUACACACUCUGCUCUUAUGUGGCUAAGAAAGAACAAAGACAAAUUUAAAAAAACAGUUUGUGAGCCCAUGAUGCUUGUGAUCAAUUUGAAAGACAGUAGACACGCUAAAUAUAUUGAAAAUCACAUCUCGGCCAAUGACAUGAAGGCUUUUGUUUUUGAGAGUCAAGAAGAUAUGGAACUGUUUCUUGUGGAGACACGUGAUCAUCAGAAAUUAAGAGUGAAUGCUGUGUGUGCACCUGCUGUAUCAUGUGCUGGAAGCUUACCUUCAAGACCUAUUGAAGAAUUACACCAAUAUGGAUUUUUUUCAUAUUUACGAGAGUUGUUUGAUGCUCCACUUCCUGUGAUGAGUUAUCUUUGCUCCCAAUAUCGUAUUCAUGAUGUCCCUGUAGGAACAGAGAAGACCAGAAACAUGAUCGAAAAGGUCAUACAAGAAACCAAACUUAAGCAAGUAUACACAGCAGAAGAAAAAUACACUGUUAAAGUAUCUGCUUACACAAACCUAACCUUCUCUACUAACAUGUCUCUGAGAGCAGCCCAAUUUCUAACUAAUUCGGUGGAUACAGAUGAAAGACAGCAGCUGGAAAAACAGCAGCAGGGUAUCAAUUGCACAUUACAGUCAUUAGAUACGCAGUUGACAACAUUGUUUGAGAGACAGAAACAUCUGGAACGCAGAGACAAUGAGCUCAGGCAACAGAAGAAGGAGCUCUUAGAGAGAGGAAACAGAAGAAGACAGUUGGAAUCAAAAAUUGCUGUGAAGUAUGAUAGUAUAAAACAACUGGAACAAGAUUUUAUCAACCUAGAAGAGGAAUCUCAACAGGCAAAUGUAAAGAUCAAAGAAAUAAAUAUUCAAAAAGCAAGACUUGUUUCUGAAUUAAUGCAUCUCAUAAAGCAUUGUGUAUCACUGAACAUCCUCAAAACAGAUUUGGUUCUUCAGAGCACUGCGGUGGAUGCUGAGAAGAACAGACUAGAAUCAGAGUAUAAAGCAGCAAGUACGCAGCUAAGAGCUUUAGAGCAAAAUUUUCGUGAGCUGGAUGAGAAAAAGCGGGUUCUUACAGAAAACUGCAGGGAACUGAUGAAAAAAGCUCGACAGAUGUGCAAACUGAGUCCGGAUCAACAUCUUCCAAAAGAAUUUCAAACUGCUUUUCAGGCUCUUCCGAACACAUUGGAGGAAAUAGAUGCUGUUCUGAAUGACGAGAAAUCCAGGGCCUCCUGUUUCACAGGCCUGAAUGCUUCGAUUGUUGAAGAGUACAGUAAGCAAACUCAAGAAAUACAGCAACUGACUGAAGAGCUAGAGGAAAAGAAAAAUGAAUUGGAUAACUAUAAGCAAAACAUUUCACAGAUCAAAGAGAGGUGGCUAAACCCUUUGAAAAGGCUGAUUGAGAAAAUUAAUGAGAAGUUCAGUAACUUCUUUAGCUCUAUGCAGUGUGUUGGUGAAGUUGAUCUUCAUGUGGAAAAUGAGGAAGAGUACGACAAAUAUGGGAUUCGCAUAAGAGUCAAAUUCCAUAGCAGCACUGAACUUCAUGAAUUGACUCCCUAUCAUCAGAGUGGAGGUGAGAAAAGCGUUUCAACUAUGUUGUACCUGAUGGCUCUACAGGAACUCAACAGAUGUCCUUUUAGGGUUGUAGAUGAAAUAAAUCAGGGAAUGGAUCCAGUGAAUGAGAGGAGAGUUUUUGAAAUGGUUGUGAAAACUGCUUGUAAAGAAAACACAUCUCAGUACUUCCUCAUUACACCAAAGCUCCUACAGAAUCUCACUUACAAUGACAAGAUGACAGUGUUGUUUGUCUACAAUGGACCUUAUAUGUUGGAAGCAAACAAAUGGAACUUAAAGUCUUUCUGUAGGCAGCGGCGGCGACUUGGAAGGAUGGAUGAACAGUGAUACGUAUAUAUAUAUUUUUAUAUAUGUGUAUGUACAUGUAUAUAUGAAAUAUAUAAUUUUGUAGAACAUUUUGGAACAUCAGGCUUUCAAGACUCACAGAAGUUGUGAAAGAUGAGAACCUGUAAAAAAAUUGAGAGCUUUAAUUCUUAAAGCUUGUGUAAAAACACAACAGAUUUGAAGUGCGUGUUUUUUUUCAAGUCUUUUGUAAUAGUCUGUUUCUUCAAAGAACCUACUUUUUCUAAAUAAUAUCUUUAAAUAAAAAGGGAGUUUCUUGUAUUUUGCUGUUUUAUCAGUAAUAUAACAUCAAAAAAACAGUUAAUUCUUCUAGGUUAUAUUGGAUUAAACCAAAGUCUACUUUUUUCUAAACCCGGAGUUUGGUUUUGUUAAACUGUGUUCCACUAACACAGUUAAGGCUGUUCUCCAAACUUUUCCUAUUGAAAGGGAAACUUUUUUUUAAUGAAUGAAGCAGAAGAUGUAUGGGAAGAGAGUGGUUUUUAAUUAGCUGUAUAUUGUUUUUCGUUUAGUGAAAAUAUACCUGAAAUUGAUAUAAGGAAUAUAUUAUAAUUGUAGUAAUACACUUUAUUAUUGUGAUUAUUUUUUAGCCAGUGUUCCAUUUUGUUUUCCUGUAAGGAUAAGAUCUUUAUUUUUCUAUGGCAUGGAGGCUGUGACGGAGAGCCAGUUGUUAAAUAAUUAAACAAUGAGAUAUUUAUCUUGCAGAGGUAAAGCUAAGCAAUGUCUAACUUUUUAAAGUGAAACUGGAUAUAUUUUUGGUAAUAGGUGACCAGGAGGCUUUUUACAAGUCCUUAGCUGUGUUGGAGUGAUAGGACACAUAAUAGAUUUUUAACAGAUAGCUUUAAAAUUCGUAAGUGGAGUUUUCUCUAUAGCUGUUAAAUAUUUGGAAGUAGAUGUUAUCAAUAGAAUGUUGAAUACAGCUGUUUAAUAGUUAAGUAGAUACUAUCAAUAGACCAUUGAAUACCUAAAAUAAAGUCCUGGCUAUUUAGUUAACUAUUAAAAAAAUAAACUUAACACUGAAUUGUGAAGAGUAUGAUCUGUAAAGAAAUGGGAACUAUGAUUGUUACCUAAAAUGUACAUAAAAAUAAGAGAGUCCCAGGACAACAUCUGAAAAUAUACAGAAAAUAUCUCUCUUCCAGUGGGAGAGUAGGUCUCAACAGAAUUUUAGACAUAAUUCAGUGUCUGCUUUAUUUUGAGUGGGAGUUUUUCUUAAUAGCAUCCUGCCCAGCGAACUUUGCCAGUAAAAUUGAUAUGUCAGGCUUUUUACAUGAGAAUGAGAUGUUAGAAAUAAAGUUACCUACUGCAGAACUUAAGCUAGAAUAUGUAUGAUUUCAUGUAUUAAAAGUAA